AAUGUAGCAUGAGCCUGGCCAUGUGCUGCUGUAGCACAGCAGCCUUCGGGGUUUGCCCGUUGCCUUUGAGAAGGGCACAUGCAAAACCCCCCCAGCCAAAGAGGCCUGGCGGUGGCCGACAGCCUUCCUUUGGCCGUGUGCUCUGUGGGGUAUCUGUGCCAACCACCUUUCUGACGGGCAAUCCUUUCUUGUCCCAGCUCUCUCUUGACGCGCGCUCUGCCGUUCAACGUGCCGCUGCACCGGCGCGGUCUGCAGCAGCCAGCACUCCCCCACAUGCCAGCACUUCGUCCAGCAGCCCAGCCCAGCAGCUGGAGAUGAGAGAGGAGCAGAGCCUGAGGAGACUGAGGAGCAUUGUGAGUCUGGGCGAGCCGAGGAGGAAAUACUCGGCGUUUGAAGAACUCGGACGAGGGGGUUUUGGAGCUGUUUAUAAAGCCCUCGACGCCAGCACAGGACAACAGGUGGCCAUCAAGAAAAUGGCGCUUCAAGAGGAGAUGUCCGAGGAGCUGGCUGUCAAUGAAAUCGUGGUCAUGAGGGACAGUAGGAACCCCAAUAUUGUUACCUACUUAGACAGCUACCUGGUCGACGGGGAGCUCUGGCUGGCGAUGGAGUUCAUGGACGGCGGCACGUUGUAUGAUGUACUCGGGGCAGUGUACCUCGAGGAAGGACAGAUAGGCGCUGUCUGUCGGGAGUGCCUGCAAGGACUGCAUUUCCUUCAUUCCCGCCGAGUCAUCCACAGAGACGUCAAAAGCUGCAACAUUCUUGUGAGCAUGGACGGAUCUGUGAAAUUGGCUGACUUUGGCCUCUGUGCUCAGCUCACCCCUGAGCGCGACAAGUGCAGCUCCAGCGUCGGCACUCCCAGCUGGAUGGCGCCGGAAGUCGUGAGAGGAGAAGCCUACGGCCCCAAAGUGGACAUCUGGUCACUGGGGAUCGUGGGGCUGGAAAUGGUGGAAGGGGAAGCUCCUUACCAGAGGGAACCCCGUCUCAGGGUUUUAGAACUGAUAGAAAGGAACGGGGCCCCAAAACUGCAAAACCCCAGGCAGCACUCGGCUCUCCUGCGCGACUUUCUCCGCUGCUGCCUGCAGACAGAUGAGGACAGGCGCUGGUCUGCCCAGGAACUCCUGAAGCAUCCUUUUGUGACCUCAGGCGAUCCUGCCUCCAGCCUGGCUGCUCUGAUCAUCUCAGCCAAGCAAGUGCAGGAAGACUGGAGAGGAGACGCUUGCGCCUGAGGAGGCCUUGCUGCCCCGCCAGCUCAGAGGAGCGACGAGGGGAUGUACCGUGUUUAGGAGAAGAUUCGGCGGCCAUCCCCUGAGUUUUAGAAUGAGCUGUUCCGUAGUUAGGAAGUUUAUAGUUUUGAGAUUUUCUUAGCUUAGCUGGUUUCAGUUAGGACUCUAGACCCCAGAAAGCUUCAUUAAUGGAGCAUUGUUUAGCUAAGAGUAGAGUAUUGCUGAUGUAGGGGAGCUGAGAAUUAUCCUUGAGGUAGAAAUGGACGAAUCGCCAUACUGAUGAUUAAGCUAUGAAAGAAAAAGCUGGGACUCAGCAGAACUGGACCAGGCAUGAGCUGUCAGCCUGAACAGGUCACCAGGAGGACAGAAUGAUGAAGAUGAAGACGAAGACGAAGAUGAAGAUGAAGAUGAAGAAGUAGCUGGAAGACCCUUGGUUUCAGCCCUUGGUUUCAGCAGGACUGGCAAUAAAAAACUGUAAAACCUC